CCCCUCCGGGGGCGCUGAGAGGCUUCGGAGACCGAGGGCGCGACCGAGACCGCGGAGGCGCUGACAUGGACCCUUACCGAUUUGGAGCAAGUCGUGGAGGUCCUCUUCCUCCAAAGAAAUUUGGUAAUCCAGGAGAACGUCUGCGUAAGAAAAAGUGGGAUUUAAGUGAACUGCCCAAGUUUGAGAAGAAUUUCUAUGUGGAGCAUCCGGAAGUGGCCAGGCUUACUCCGUAUGAAGUUGAAGAAUUGAGAAGAAAGAAGGAGAUAACAAUUCGAGGAAUGGAAGGCUGCCCCAAGCCUGUAUUUGCUUUCCACCAGUGCAGCUUUCCGCAGUAUGUAAUGGAUGCCUUGAUGGACCAGAACUUCACAGAACCCACACCAAUUCAGUGCCAAGGCUUUCCCCUGGCUCUCAGUGGACGUGAUAUGGUGGGCAUUGCUCAGACUGGCUCUGGGAAGACUCUAGCUUACUUGCUGCCUGCAAUUGUUCACAUCAACCACCAGCCAUAUUUGGAGAGAGGGGAUGGCCCAAUUUGCCUGGUUCUGGCACCUACUAGAGAGCUGGCCCAGCAAGUGCAGCAGGUGGCUGACGACUAUGGCAAAUGCUCGAGACUGAAGAGUACCUGCAUAUACGGAGGAGCACCCAAAGGUCCCCAGAUCAGAGAUCUAGAAAGAGGUGUGGAGAUCUGCAUUGCUACACCAGGCCGCUUGAUUGACUUCCUUGAGGCGGGGAAAACCAACCUUCGUCGCUGUACCUACCUUGUUCUGGAUGAGGCGGAUAGGAUGCUGGACAUGGGCUUUGAGCCUCAAAUCCGUAAAAUCGUCGAUCAGAUCAGGCCUGACAGACAGACCCUGAUGUGGAGUGCCACCUGGCCCAAAGAAGUGCGCCAGCUCGCCGAGGACUUCCUGCAGGAUUAYGUGCAGAUCAACGUGGGCAAUUUGGAGCUGAGUGCCAACCACAAUAUCCUGCAGAUAGUGGAUGUGUGCAUGGAAAGCGAGAAAGACCAUAAACUGAUACAGCUGAUGGAAGAAAUCAUGGCGGAGAAGGAGAACAAGACCAUCAUCUUUGUGGAGACAAAGAGGCGAUGCGAUGAUCUCACUCGCAGGAUGCGCAGAGAUGGUUGGCCAGCUAUGUGUAUCCAUGGAGACAAGAGUCAGCCAGAAAGAGAUUGGGUGCUUAAUGAGUUUCGUUCUGGAAAGGCUCCCAUCCUCAUUGCUACCGACGUUGCAUCUCGUGGGCUAGAUGUGGAAGAUGUAAAAUUUGUGAUAAACUACGACUAUCCGAACAGCUCUGAAGAUUACGUGCACCGCAUUGGCCGUACCGCACGUAGCACCAACAAGGGUACUGCCUACACCUUCUUCACACCCGGCAACCUGAAACAGGCCAGGGAGCUUAUCAAAGUGUUGGAAGAAGCCAAUCAAGCCAUCAAUCCGAAACUGAUGCAGCUUGUGGACCACAGAGGAGGUGGAGGUGGUGGUGGAGGAGGUCGUUCUCGUUACCGUACAAGCAGUUCAGUAAACAACCCUAACCUGAUGUACCAGGAGGAGUGUGACAGGAGGCUCCGGGGAGUGAAGGAAGGCCGGAGAGACUCAGAAAUUGGAAAUUUUAUUUUCUCUAAAAGAAAUGAGUAUCAGGCAGAUGGGUCCCAGCUUGAUCAUCUUGGUGUCUAAGGUGACUUUCUACAGGAAAAGUCUGCUCGUUUGUCUCAGCUUGGCAGCGUUCUGAGUAAAGCCCCACGUACGUUCUGGUUGACAUUUUCUGCAGCUCUGGAAGCAGCAGCCCAUCUUCUGAAACAACCUUAAAGACACCUGUAGCAGCCCGCAGUAGCAAGGAUGGGAUUAAAAUCCCAGUGUCGGAGACCAAACCUGUCUUGGAUUUGACAUUUGAAAAUCAGAAUAAAGUCGCUGUAGGAACUGCUUCUGUAAUCUUUAUCCAGAUUUUUCUUUCCUCCCCUGUGAUUGUUAAAUUGCAGCAACGCAAGUGCAUGGAGUCUGUUUACACAUAAAUUACUUCUCUGCUCUCAGAUUCAUAUUGUUGGGGUUAUUGAGGUGAUUCUUAUUCAAGAUCCCAGAAACUACCCAGAACUGAGAUGUUGAUCAGCACAUUCACUUGUCUCUCCUUCACGAACGUAGCAACUUUGCCCUGGGGAAUGUUCUGAAUGCUGCUAUGCUGAAAAAAAUGUGUCAGAGUUUUCCACACUUAAAAUUAAGAGGUUUGAAUAGGGUGGGCUGGGGGGAGGGCAAGGGGAGGAAUGGAAGAGGAGGAAAUUUGCCUGGAAUCCCCUCUUCGAGAGGUAAGGAGUGAGCUGGUUAGUGCAUCUUGAUUCUGAAGCUUUCUUUCUUUUGUACCUUGCUCUGACUACUGCUUUUCCUGGCUUUUGAAUGCAUUUCCCCAUUCCAUUGGUCCCUUUGAGCUCAGCUCUUGCAGGUAGGUAGCAUUUUAGAAAACGUUAGAAAAAGCGUGACAUUUUAGUAAACACAUAAAACUUGUUUAUUUUACAGGCUAAGGUGGGUGUGAAGGGCUUUUCCCUUUAGUAAAACAUGUUGUCGACUUGUGAUUCCUUAAUAGCGGAUGGUUCAGAGACAGUGGACGGGAAUAGGAGUCGGCUGUUCUUGAUCUAAUGACAUGGCAAAAGAAUGGGGGCGUCUCCUGCUUUGGGAGGGCAGGUUCUUUUCCCUUGGUGUUCCU